GUUUUCCCAUCAACCAGCAACCCAAAAAGAAAGGGAAAAAAAAAAAGAUUGUGUAAUGCAUGGAUUCUUCGAUUAUAUCUUUCUCCCAGUCAUCACUUCUUGCCCUUCUGAUCUUAUUCUUAGUAUCUUCUUCCACAGCUAGAGCUUUGGUGCCGGCCUCUGCGCAGUUCAAGUACGUGAUCGAUACGACGGAUUUCGGCCCUUACAUAAUCGAAUAUGAUGGCAACUACCAGGUCCUCCCACCUUUCGGUGCCCCGUUCCAGCUAUGCUUCUACAACACUACCCCGAACGCCUUCACUCUCGCCAUCAGGAUGGGCCUAAGGAGGUCCGAGUCACUUUUCCGGUGGGUCUGGGAAGCCAACCGGGGCAACCCAGUUCGUGCGAAUGCCACCCUGACGCUCGGUGCGGAUGGCAACCUUGUCCUGGCUGAGGCGGACGGCAAGGUCGCCUGGCAGACCAGUACUGCAAACAAAGGAGUUGUAGGGCUCAAGCUGCAGUCGAACGGCAACAUGGUCCUGCAUGACUCGAGGGGUAAUUUCGUCUGGCAAAGCUUCGACUCCCCGACUGACACUCUCCUCGUGGGCCAAUCCCUGCACGCCGGGGGUGUCACGAGGCUUGUGAGCCGGGCCUCGGCCGAGCAAAACUCCAAUGGGCCUUACAGCCUCGUGAUGGAGCCCAAAGGUCCCGCCCUAUACUAUACGAGCAAGAACUCCCCCAAGCCGCUUCUGUACUUCAAUGGAUGGCGAUCUGAUCCAUACAUAUCUGGCUCGCUAACCCGGGUGGGCUUGACCACCGAAGAAGACGAGGGUUCUAGGACUCAUAUCCAAUUGGAGUUCCAAGCGGGUAACACUACACAUGGCGGUCCCAUCCUCGGCCGACCCAAAUACAAUGCCACAUCGAGCUUCCUCAGGCUCGGGAUUGAUGGGAACGUAAGAAUUUACACUUACAAUGACCAGGUAGACUACGGUGCCUGGGAGGAGACCUUCACUCUGUUUGGCAGAGACUAUGAUUCGGAAAGCGAGUGCCAGCUGCCAGAGAGGUGCGGAAGCUUCGGGCUAUGUGAGGACAACCAAUGCGUGGGCUGCCCGCUUGCCAGAGGGGAAACGAGCUGGAGCAAGAGCUGCGCGCCUCCAAAGCUCACGAGCUGCAACCCCGGCGAUUACACAUACUACAAGGUCGAACGGGUCAAUCAUUUCUUGAGCAAGUACACGGCAGGAAGCGCGGCCACGGAGAGCGGCUGUGGGGCCAAGUGCACCAAAGAUUGCAAGUGCUUGGGCUACUUCUACAACCGGGACACUUCUAGGUGUUGGAUUGCUUACGAGCUCAAGACUCUGACCAGAGUAGCAAAUGCCACCCAUGUCGGCUACAUCAAAACACCCAAGAAGUAAAGUAAAUGCAUGCGAUAUGGCUACUGCAUGCGGGUGAAUUGAAAAAGGAAAUAAAACGUUCUACCGGAAGAAAAGGAAAUAAGAAGAAUUAUACAAGAUGGUCGCAUCCUAUAUAUCGAAUCUACCUAUUUUAUUGUAUCAAAAGAUGAUGUAGCGUAGUGAUACACGCCAUCGCCUGUUGACCUAGAAGUGAUGGAUUUGAUAUUUAGUGAGACUACCCGUGUCACUUUAUUAAUAAUUUACGAUU